AGUACCAAGAUCACAAGAAACAUGGGAAAAGGAGGGAAAAGCAGCAGCAAAAAUAAAAAAACCCACCUCUCGCACCUGGAGGGAGCUGAGAAAUGCAAGCCAAGGGAGCGACUUGCUUUUUAAUAGAAGACAGUACGGCUUUUCCAAGUGUGAUCACACUACCUCCUUCUAGCAUCCAGAGUCUGGCCAUGAAGAGUAGGAGUAAGGAUGAGACAAGUGACACAGACAGUGGGAUCAUAGUGCAGUCAGGACUAGAUAGCCCCAUGGCUCCCAUGAAGGACCUCACUCAAGCCAUGAGGAAGCAGCAGAAGGCUUUGGAGGAGAAGCUUGAGGCCUGCGUACAGGAGCUGAGAAGGCUGUGUUUGCGUGAGGCAGAACUAACAGGAUUGCUACCUUCAGAGUAUCCUUUGAAGCCAGGAGAAAAGCUUCCAAAUGUCCGCCGUCGAAUUGGUGCUGCUUUCAGAUUGGAUGAAAAAGCCAUUCUUUCAAGAGGAGCGGAUCCUCUGAGCACAUUGGAGAGAGACUUGGCCCUCCAGCUGCAAAUUGCAGAGGCUUCACGUUGUCUUUCCCGGGAAGAGAAUCUCACCAAGCAGGUUCGGAAGCGCCGAAAAAGUGCUGUGCUGAAGGAGGAAAAGAAGCUGAAGGAGUUAGAGCAAGCCCUCAUUGAGUAUCACCUAGCAGCCAGGCAUUCAUCACAGCUAAGGGCCAGUGCUCCAGCUUUAGAAGUAUUCAGUGCCUCUGAUGAGAGCCUCCUGUCAGAUACUGCUCAAGUAGAGAAAGAACCCCACAUGGCGAACUCACAUCUUCCAUCAAAAUGUGCAGCUUCCACACACCAACCCUUGCAGAAUUCUUCAUCUCAGUCUUCCCAUCCUGUCUUGCAAGAAAGACAAACUCACAAGCAAGCCACCAGUGUGGAAAGCUCACCUAUCCAGAACAGCCCAUGGAAAGAGACCAGCCUGGAUAAACCCUAUGAGAAGCCCAAGAAAUCUUCAGAGCUCAGCAGUGUGCCAAGCAGUCCAGACAUGGUGAUUAAACUUGAACCCAAUCCUGCUGCUCAGAAGAGAGCUGAGACUUCUGCCUCCACCUUUGUUCCUACUAGGAAGCUGGAAGUAAGGAGGCAAGCUGGUUCCAGUGCUCCACCAACACCAGAAUUCCUUGGAAGAAGAGGACAACCUCAAAUAUUAAGGGUGUCUUCAUCCAGGGAGGGUUUGGAGACCCGUGGAAGAAGUGCAUUGCCAAGGCGACGCCCCACGUAUUACACUGUCACUGUCCCUGAGUACAGCUUUUCUGUACCUAAACCCAAUCCAGCCAGCAAACCAACCUUUCACUCUGCUUCAGAAGACAGCAAUUCAGAUGUUUCCAGUAUCUCUUAUACUACAUCAGCAGGUAGCAGCAGUCCUGACAUCUCCUUCUUGAAGCCAGCAUCUUCAAUACCAAAGGAGGAGCCCUUCCAGACCCAGACCUGCCGGGGACAUGAAGCAGAAUACCAUUGUCAGUACCCCCAAAAGCUGUUGUCAUCUUCAGGCUACUUCCCUGCUGUGGAGUAUGUAACUGAUGGUCACCUUCCUGCUGGGAUGGAGUUCUGUCAUGGUCAGCCACCUUUUCUGUCUGCCAGCUCUGCCCACUUAGCCUACAAGGAAGAGAUGGUGCCAGUUAGAUUCCACAGGCCCAUUGUUUCCCACAGCCGGGUGGUACGCACACCCUCACUGAAGGACUGCCCCCCAUUGGGCCCUCGCACCCUCUCCAAAUCAGUGGUGACUGAAGAGCUAAAAUCAUGGCACGAACGGACCCGGCUGCGUAAUGCACGGCCACAUUCACUGGACAGGCAAGGGGCUUUCCGCAGGCACAGUGGGCCAAGCAGAGAGGUUCACUCUGCAUGUUCCAUGGGACAGCACACUCAGGCACACCGUAUCCAUAUCUUGAAAUGCUCUCCGGAAGGAGCCCCUGUGCAAGUCUACGUGCCCGAAAAUGGUGAAAUCAUUACUCAAGUCUAGAGGCCACUGAAUCCACCCACCUUGCAUUUGGCAUUGUCAGCAGGCUGACUACCUAGUGCGUCAGGUUUCAGAAUGAGAAGGAUUUGGACCAAGCAUGAUCUUGAAUCUACUACUACUACUACCUUUGUUGUUUGAGAUAACAUUCAAUUCUCAGAGGAGAAUAUAAAACUCCCAGAAGCCUGUAGAAGAGUAUACAUUAGAAUUUCCCCUUGCUCUUACGAUCAACUGAUAUAAUGGAUUUACCACCCAACACUUGGGUUUCUUAUGCUGUGUAGAGUGGAAAGGACAUUAAGAAGCUUCCGCACUAACUAGUGUUUCCUUACAUGCUUAUUUAUUCAUUUCUGUGUGUGCUAGAAACAUCUUGGGGUGCCUGUAGGUUAUGAAAGCAAGGGAAGAACCAUCUCUUGUUUGCAUGGAAUGUUUCUGUUGUAUCAGCUCUUCCAGUGGUUAGAUUUAGAUCCCCUGCUCUCUUCCUUAUUCUUACAUAAAACUGUGUGUUGGAGCACACAGCCAUAAACUCAAAUAAGCUUUGCUGAAUGCAGUUUAAACUUAUAUAUCCCACCUCUACAGUUCUGCCUUCCUGUGGAGGGUGCUGUAAUUCAGAAGAUUUUCAAUCUCUUUGGUUUUGUGGAUGAACUACAAAUUCCUUAUUUUUAGUUUUAAUGAGAAUUGUGUUCAAAAGGAGUCCCAUUUUCAUGGGUGAAACAUAACAUUUUGCUCUGUUUUUGUAGGUGUCUGGCCCUAAUCACUUCGUGGAAGCAGUCAUCUCUCUUCAUAUAUACUUUUUGUCAAAAGAUUGGUUUAAGUCUAGCAAUAGUGGUGAAACAAUAGGGGCAAAAUAAAGCUGUUUCCAGCCACUUUGAAGACUGGGUGUUUAGUCUGCCACAGCAAACUGAAUUCAGUAUCUUGUUAAUAUUAAAAUUACUCAAGACAAUAAUUUUGGAUUCAUAGUAAUGGGAAAGAGCAGAGGCAUGAAAGAAAACAAAGUUCCAUUCCCUAACUUCUAGAAAAAACACUUUUCUGUUAUUCCAUGGGAUUCUGAAACUUUGAGAUAUUCUUCCAACCAUGGGUUAGCCCAGUUUCCUAGUUUUAAGGGCUAGAAACUUUUUUUAUUUUUAAAAGUGUCAAUGGAGAUUUGCUUAACAAGAAUAUAUGUUAUUCCAUCUCUUUAGCUUUUGCAGACCCCUGCUUUAGCUUUCUACUGCUUACUACAGAGCCAUUUCCAAGUACCUGGCUCGCCAUAAUCCUUGUCUUUGUUUCUGUGGUAAACUAGGAAAGCCAAACCACUAAUAAUGGUACAUGAUGAGCGAGGAUGUACAGUGACUGUAGCAAAUGUUGCCUAUGGUAUUAAUCAAGUUGUAUGAGUUUUGCCUCUGAAGUGCCUGUAUCUGUAAUGGUUAUCCGCAACCAACAGUGUUAAAUGUGUUUGGACACCUUAUGUUGGAUAGAAUACAUCGUUUAAAUUUCAUGUUCCAAUUGAUGCUUCAGCCUUCAUUUCUCUUUUGGAAAU